GACGCGGGCGGCCGGCGGCGCGCGCGCGCGUGCGGGGUGCGCCACGUGCGGGGGGGCGGGAGAGAAGAACUGGCUCGGCGCGAGAUAAUAGAGAAUGACUUUCCGUGGAAGAGGAAGAGGAGGUGGCUUCAAUCGUGGGGGAGGUGGUGACAGAGGUGGCUUUAAUCGUGGACGAGGUGGCUUUGGACGGGGAGGUAGUGGACGCGGAGGCUUCAACAGAGGCGGAUAUGACCAGGGCCCUCCAGAAAGGGUAGUCUUAUUGGGAGAGUUCAUGCAUCCGUGCGAAGAUGACAUUGUUUGUAAAUGUAAAACAGAAGAAAACAGAGUUCCGUACUUCAAUGCACCAGUGUACUUGGAUAAUAAGGAGCAGAUUGGCAAAGUAGAUGAAAUCUUCGGACAGCUAAGAGAUUUUUAUUUUUCAGUGAAACUAUCUGAGAAUAUGAAAGCCUCUUCAUUUAAAAAAUUGCAAAAGUUUUACAUUGAUCCAGCAAAGCUGCUACCCCUGCAGAGAUUUUUGCCAAGGCCUCCUGGAGAAAAAGGUCCUCCUAGAGGAGGUGGUAGAGGAGGACGUGGUGGUGGACGUGGAGGAGGAAGAGGUGGUGGUAGAGGUGGAGGAGGAUUCGGAGGAGGAAGAGGUGGAGGAAGAGGAGGAUUCAGAGGAGGAAGAGGUGGAGGAGGAGGAUUCAGAGGAGGAAGAGGUGGAGGAGGAGGCGGUUUCAGGGGGAGAGGAUAUUAGAAAUGGAGCCACGAGUGUCUUCCUGCUGUCUUACCAUAUGAUCUGCAAAAGUGAAGAAGAAGAUAAAUUUUCUAUCGGACCUUGAGAAAUUGUUUAUAAAAAACUUAAAACUGUAAAAUGACAAUUACUAUUACAGUUAAUGACUGUUUAUCAACACACAAAGACAACAUAGCCCCUGUUGAAGAAUUGAAGAUUGCUCAGAACAUACUUGACUUUUUUAACUAAGCCAAGAUAAUGCUAUUCUUAAACCGUUUCUUUCUUACAAACUACUUUAAUGCUUGAGUUCAUGUUGGAGUUGGGAGUAAACAAUCCUUUGGUUCUUUUUUUUUCCCCCCUUUUUUAACUCUGCAGAGUUUCUAAAUACACACCUGUGAAUUUUU